AUGCUUCACUUGAUGUCUGGCUUUUGUUGCCUUGUCACCAUCAUCUGGCCAAUCUGUGUGCAUCUGUGUCUGUACUCUUCAGCAGACUCUCGACUGAUUGAGAGUCUAAAACAAAAGCUGGAGAAACGAAGAGUAAAAAUAUCCAAAGUUGCUGAAAGUUUUGUUGCCUAUUACGAACAAUAUGCAGAAUUUGAUGCCUUUAUCACCACACCAGAACCAUCAAACCCUUGGGUUUCAGAUAAUAUAGAAUACUGGGAUCAGGAAAAGACUGUGAAUCCAAAGGAUAUACCACCACGUCGUGUAAAACGAUGGGGUUUUACUAUUGAAGAGGUUCUCACAGACCAAGCUGGUGUGGAACAGUUCAGCAAAUUUCUUGAUAAAGAAUUUAGUGGAGAGAAUCUUAAAUUUUGGUUAGCCUGUAAAGAUCUUAAAGGUUUACCACUACGAGAAGUACACAGCAGAGUUUUAGACAUAUAUAAGGAAUUUCUGGCCCCAGGUUGUCAUAACCCUGUAAAUGUGGACAGUACAAUUGCUGAAUUAGUGCGACGUAGGAUAGAAAACAAUCCUGAUCGUUAUUGCUUUGAUGAAGCUCAGGUAAGUUUACAUAGCAAGAAAAAAAAAUAUUAUAGAAGUUACAACACUGAUAAAGGAAAAAAAAAUAUUUUCUAA